AUGGCUGUCGAGAACCGCGGGCCGCAGCUCCAAGCUGUGUGCUAUCUCUUGCUUGUAUUCGCGGUAGUGUCGACGCUUCUACGGUGUUACGUCCGUGUCUUUAUGAUAAAAAGUUUCGGUUUGGACGAUUCGUUCAUGGUUUUUGCUCUCAUAACAUUUAUCCUCUUCGUAUCGAGUGCGUUAAGUGGCGUUCAUUAUGGCACGGGCAGACAUUACUGGGACCUGACAAAUGAUGGUAUUUCGACCGCUUUGAAGUGGUGGUAUUUUUGCUACAUUUGGUACUGCCUGACCAUGAUAGCUACGAAACUCUCGGUUGGCUAUUUCCUCCUCCGACUCAUGAUCCGCCCUGUCGAGAAAUUGAUCGUCUAUGGAGUCAUGCUGGUUACUGUCUUGACCGGUAUCCUCUUCUUCUUCGUCACGAUGCUUCAGUGCAUGCCGCUUAGCUAUUUUUGGAACAAGGACCAAAGCGGUCAUUGCAUCAACAUCGAAGUUAUCAUCGUCAUUACCUACGUCUACAGCUCAUUCAGCGUUAUAUGCGACUUUACAUUUGCUCUGCUACCCAUUUACAUUAUAUGGGGGCUUAACAUGAAAAAGGUGAACAAGGUGGUUCUCAUUCCUAUCAUGGCCAUGGCAUGCAUUGCAAGCGCUGCCGUUGUUAUCCGCUUCCCAUAUGUCAAGGAUUUCAAGGACCCUGAUUUUCUUUACUCGACGACUGAUAUCGCCAUCUGGUCAACCACGGAACAGGGCCUCGCCAUUACUGCCGGCAGUCUGGCAACCCUACGACCACUUCUUCGAUCUAUUAAGCAAUUUGUUGGUUUGAGCCAGUCUGGGCCUACGGAACUCAAGGACUCGGAUCAAGCACAGCAAUACAACAGAAGCAACAGAAGUCGAGCACUACAAAACUCAGGAAGGGGAUUUCCGCCAGAAGGUGGUGACAGCCUCAAGAUGCACCCGUUAACUGGAGAACAUGCGGCAACGUUCUCAGUUAAUGACAGGUCCAUCUCGUGGGAUGAGCUCGAAGAACCUCAUGAGAGUCGGAAGACUACAGAGUCAAGAGUUGUGUAA